UCACUCCUAUGAUAUUUAUCUUUUUAGAUAAAUCCUAUUUAAAUGUUCUGAACUCCCUAAUGGUUCAUAAUUAUCAUCCACUAUCCGGGAUGCCUGAUGCUAGAUAGCUAAUUUUCAGGAUUUAAAUUCGCCGACGUCACGAAGUUGCCGCUCAUUCAGCUGGCCAUUGUAGAACUCUCCUUCUUACUAGUUUCCUCAAAAUAACCAGUAAGACUCACUUUAAAAUGGUGGCCCGUGAUUGGCCAAAAGGACCGUUUCAGUUACCUAAUUUCUUACCGAAAACGUAAACUCCGAACGCAACAAUUGCGCGGAUAACAAAAUUUCACUUAAAAUUCAAAUACAUAAAUAUUAAAAUUAAUAAUUUACAUAAUAAAAUUACGGCGUUAAUUUUACCGUUUACAGUUUUCAAGUCCAUUAGUCCUUAGAGGGGUAUCAACAAUACCUCGUUCAAAUAGUCCGGUAAAAAUCCAAAGAAUCACUUUUCCAUAGACAUACAUAACCAAAUAUUGCCGUUUCUGAAAAUAAAUGAUAUUAUACAUAGAGCAAACAAAAAUAAAAUAAAUCGUAAAUAAUAAUAAAUAAUUAAACUGUCAAAACAAACAUGUUGCAGUACAGAUUUUGCCGCCCUUGUCAAUUACAUUGAACAGUGCUCUUUGACCUGUUCAAAACGGUGCAAUGUGAUUGGCACUUCUCUUUCUCCGUCGCACAAUACACAACACUCUUCGUUGCCUAGCAACGCGCGCACCAAACGACAAACAAAAAAAACAACUUGAGAGAGACUACCUCUCCUCGAUUCGUUUUUUACCGUUGCGCGCCUGAAAAUCGCGCCUUUUUAAACACUUUUUAUCGGGUCGUCGCUGCUAACAGACCUGCGCGAAGAAGUUCACGGAUUUUGCAGUGCAAAAUCUUCGAAGGCUGGAACUGCUGCUGCUCUCCGACAGCUUCUGCCUUGAGCCGCUCCUGUUGAGAAGGACUCGGGAGGACUUACUUACUGUGAGUAUGAUUCACUAAAGGGAUUCGAAGGGGUGCAAUGUACACGUGAGUCAACAAUAGGACGUUCUCCAGGUCACGUCACGGCAAUGGGUCAACGUCCAUCUGCGGUGAUGACUGCAUCCUUGCUGCGACUCCUCCUUCCUGCAGCGGACAGCGGCGUCGAGACGGCGCCUGUCCUCAAAACGACCAACAAACCUGGCCUGGUUCACCACGCGUCGACGGGGUCUGGCGUGGGGCGAUGAUGCUGUACCAGACAGCACGGCAUCUGGCACUGCAGCUGACGUCAUCAACUGCUGAUGUGGCGGCGUCCAGCCGCCCUGCCUCACGACUACGCGCGAGACGGCGUCGUGGCGUCUGCGGUGCUGAUUGCGUGGGGCGAGGUCACCACUUCCCACAAGGAAGCACUCGUCUAUUCCCAUCACUGUUAGAUCCACAUUCUUCGCUAUUCUUCACAUCAUUCGAAGAAUACUAUUCAAGCAACUAUGACAGUGAUGCGAGUGAAUAGUGUUGAGACGACGUAAUUUUCUCGUAUAGGGGCUUCUCCCAAUAAAUUCUUAAAAAUCAUCGAUUUCAAAUUUCAGUGUUUUCAUUUCAUAAAAUAUCAAUGCCUUGACAUCCAAAGUUUAAUAAACUAAAUAUUUCAGCUAAAUCUGAUUGGAUUUGUAUGCGAAAUGAGUGCAUACUUUUCUAACCUGCAUUCUGGGUAGAAUGCAAUCCUAAAGAUCAUUCUUUUCCCUAAAUUCAUCCCAGAAAUGGUAAUAAAAUAGUGAAGUUUUAAAAUCUUAGUGAGUUCUUCUAUAAAUAUUAGAAAAUUUAGUGAUUUUCUAUUUUUCAUCAUCAACAUAACGACGCCUAUUGGAUUACUCAGCAUCAUCAUUAAAUCAAGACAAGGCUCCGGUGUCGAAGGGCCUCAUGGGUUGCAUGUUCCUGACAUGCACUGCCAUCAAUAUGCCCAUGCUCGCGUACCUGCGGCGGUUCCUCGUGUGCAAACUGCCAGACAUCUUCAGGGAACGUGAGAUCUGGAGGUUACUUACAUCACGAUUGACAUUUCUUGACACCAAGGAUCUCGUUUGUGGUGCGCUGUUGAUUUAUUACUUCAGGGUGUUCGAGAGGAGGUACGGCUCCCACAAGUUCGCCUCGUACCUGCUGGCCACGUGCACCGUGGCCACUCUCCUGGAGACCGCGGUGAUCCUGGCGCUGCAGCAGUUCGACGUGGACCUGCACAGCGGAGGCUACCUGCCCCCCGGACCCUACGGCCUGAUCUUCCCUCUGUUCGUGAGCUUCUUCUUUGAUAUACCGCGCGUGGCCCACACCUACGUGCUGGGGAUCCCGGUGACGGGCAAGACACUGACGUACCUGGUGGGACUGCAGGUGUGCUCCACGUCUGUGGCCGCCGUCAUCUCGGGGCUGUGCGGAAUAGUGGCAGGCCUGAUGUACCGCCACAACGUGCUGUGGCUGGGGCGGUGGCUGGCGGUGCCGCGGUGGCUGGCGCGCCUGAGCGGUGCCACCCUGGGCCGGGUGCUGAGCUCGGGGGCGCCCCAGGAGGGCAGCAUCGGCGCCACGCUGGAGAUACAGCGCGCCCAGCAGCUGGAGGUGCUGGAGCAGCAGGUGCUGCUGAGUCGGGCCCGCGACAUGCGCCGCCAGCAAGGGCAGGGCUUUGCGGAGACACUGGUGGGACCCGACAACUACUGGCCCAAUGAGAACGGCUCCAUCUUCGGUGGUUUCCUAAGGAAUCGCAGGCAGACAGGCGGCAGGAACAACGUUGAAGCAAGUGUGCAGCCGUCCGAGGAGCAGGUGCAAACACUGGUCGAGAUGGGCUUCGAGCGCACGCGGGUCUUGAGCGCUCUCCGGAACGCCGACAACGACAUAAUCAGUGCCACCAACCUGCUUCUUCACGAGUCGUGAACACUUGGUGCCGGACAAGCGAACUGCGGUCUAAUUGCCCCUGGGUGAGACCAGAGUGUUCGGACCUUUGUGCAGGUGUUUCAGAUGUCGAUGGCGGCAGGAUGCGAGUUGUUUCCCUGUGUACUUAGUGUGAUUGCGUUUGUUAUGUGUUGGAUAGUUUGGCAGUGCCUUAUUUUGUUGGAGUCAAGUUUGUUUGGAUUUUGUUUCAUAACAUUUUUGUGGGUAUGCAUUUAUUUUAGGAGCUGCCCUUGUAUAAGCUUCAUUCCAUCUUCCUGCCCAGUGAAUAGUGCGAGUCAGUAAUUAAAUACAUAAGUUAGUGACUAAUGAAAGUGAUAGUGGAAAAGCGUUGUGAGAGUAAUUCAUCUCUACACUGUUAACAGAUUAUGUGUUUCAAUUUUUGCAAUUACAGUAGAACCCUGUUUUAAUGAAUGUUCCCGCUCAUAAUGAUUUUUUGCUUAUAACAUAAUAUUUUUUAAGUCCCCAUAAGGGCAAUGUAUUUAUAUCCUGCAUAUAAUGUUUCACGAAUGGUGGCAUUUCCUGCUUAAAACGUUUGCUUUCCAAAAUUGUAUCGUAGAUGUAGAUUGUUCAAAUAGGAUAGUAAAAAAAAAAUGUAAAUGUGCCAGAACACUAGCACUACACGUUAAUGCUGGCUAACGCUGUGUAUUGGAUAUAUCAAAGCUACAUAUCGUUUGCAGUUACUUGUCUGUUGGCACGCUUGUCUUGAAAAAAAAAUACAAAUCCUUCCAUGUACGAAUGUAGUUCUACAAUAUUUAAGUUUUCCAUUUAUUCCUUCCGUGAUGGCAAAAAAUAGUGUUUUCUAUUGCUGAUAAAGAGUUUAAUUUAUUUCAUUCAUACGUAGGAAUCUCAGAAUUACACGUUUUCAAGUGUCGAAGGAAUUGUAAAUAGAUAUUCCCAUUCUAAACGUCAUCACGAAUUGUGACACUAUUUUUACGGAAAAGUGGCUGUAUGUCUCUAAAGACAAAUAAAAAAUAAGCUGGAAGUACAAUGACUAGAGACAAGAUUUAAUGGUUUUUAUUUUUAGACCAAUUUCUAUUUAAGAACAAGCGAUUUUGGUGUUUUUUUUUUAUAAACUCUAUUAAUACAAAGAUAAUACAAUUUUAAACAAAUAAAAGACUGUAAUAUUUACUUCACCAAAACAAUGUCAUUUGACCGAUACAUGAUGCACUUUUACAAUAUAAUCAUGUCUUACUGGAAACAAUAAAAUAAAUCAGCAAGUAUAUGUGCGUUUGAAAAAUGUACCAAAGGCGUAAUGUAAAAAUUAGUUACUAUAAUUGUUACAAUAAAAAAAAAAUUAAAUCUUUUUGGUAAGUACAUUUUGGUACUAACUCAAUGCUAAAUAAUUUACUUUAUUGAAUUUUAUAUAUUAAAAGAUUUAGUUUUUGUAAUCUGGGUUGGGUUUUUACUAAAUAUGCUGAUCAAUUGUGUUAUUGUUUGUUGCAUUCGGUGUUUUAUGAUGUAUGAACUUGUAUUUCAGUGUUAGGUACUAUAUGGUGUAUUCAUAUGCUUUUCUAUGUUAUUUCGGCUUCAUUGCAAUUACCAUAUAAUCUUGUCCCUAACAGUGAAGAGUUGAAUUGUUGGCGUGGUUAAGUAAAUUCAAGCAUCGAGUGCACUAACAUUCAAUUGAUGAGUUCAUUGGUAAAAAAACUCAAACACUGACAAAUGCUAAAUUGAUAUUUCCUGUAUAUAAUGUUUUUUUCCUUAUCAGCCCUUGAAAAAUGUUAUAACAGGGUUCUACUGUAUGUAGUAACUAUAAAAUUUUUGUGAGUCGAACUUUUAAGAUAAAAGAAAGAAAUUGUGGCUUUUUUUGAAUUUACAGUUCAUAUCGCCAUAUGGCACUACACACUACAUUGAAUUUUUUUAUUUUAUGUUUUAGAUAAAUAAAAAGUUUUAGAAAAA